UGAAGGAAACAUUGGAGCUUUGGGCGAGUUAUAGACUUUUAUCAUGGUGGUCGCUAUCUGCGUUUCCCAAACUAUAGCCACUCCUUAAAACCCAAUCCAAAUGCUCUGGCCUCCUGCAAGCGAGUAACCAUGCCAAUUUUCACCCUCUCUCACGGUGGAGGAUCACUUGCCAGCCUCUCUUUUCUCCCCCAGCAUCAGCUGUUCUUCAAUGCCGACAACUUCUCCGCCCAUUCUCCAGCAGUAAUCCCGCCAUUGUUGAGUCAUUUGAGAAGUACCCACAAGCUCAGACAAUCACUUCUCACUGUCAGAGCCGAAGACUCUAAUGGGUCUCCCGCCGCCGCCACUACCAGCGAAGCUGUUCUUGAAGCAGCCUCAGCUGAUGCUGCUAAGCUAGCUCGGAGAUCCGCUGAUUGGACGGCGGCGAGAGAAUUGAAGGAAAAUGGGGCAAUCCAUGUUGGCAGGAUUGAGAGUUCUAAUGCUGGUGGUUUACUUGUACGCUUCCAUUCUCUGAUGGGUUUCCUUCCUUUCCCACAGUUGAGCCCUGCUCACUAUUGUAAAGAGCCACACAAGACUAUACAUGAGAUAGCCGAAGGAAUGACCAAUUCACUUAUUAAAGUGAAGAUUAUUGCAGCAGACGAGGGGAACAGGAACUUGGUUUUCUCCGAAAGGGAAGCUACAUGGGCGAAGUUCUCCAAAGGUAUCAAAGUGGGGGAUGUUUAUGCGGGAAGAGUAGGGUUGGUGGAGGAUUAUGGUGCCUUUGUUCACUUGCGUUUCCCUGAUGGUCUGCAUCAUCUCACUGGGCUAGUACAUGUUUCGGAGGUGUCGUGGGAUUUAGUUCGAGAUGUAAGAGAUGUCUUAACUGAAGGUCAAGAAGUGAGGGUCAAAGUCACUGAAAUCGAUUGGCAGAGGUCAAGGAUUGCAUUGUCAAUAAAACAGCUAGAAGAGGAUCCUCUGCUUGAAACUCUGGAUAAAGUAAUCCCUCAGGAUGAUGGUUCAGUUGGCACUGAUCCUAGUGGUGUUUAUAACGGCAUUAAAAUUGAACCGCUUCCUGGACUCAGCGAUAUAUUCAAGGAACUACUGCUCGAAGAAGGCAUAGAAGACAUAAGAAUCAAUAGACAAGGAUUUGAGAAACGGGUAGUCUCACAGGACCUCCAACUUUGGCUCUCAAAUGCAGUGCCCGUGGAUAGAAAGUUUAUUCUCCUGGCUCGUGCUGGUAGGCAGGUGCAGGAAAUCCAAUUGACUACAACACUUGAUCAAGAAGGCAUAAAAAAGGCGUUGCAACAUGUUCUGGAACGGGUUCCAUGAGAACAUGUGACUGGUACUGGAUGGAUAUAUGCUUGAUCACGAAGGUAUCAAAGAGAAUAGUACACCCAUGGAUUCAUCUUCAAUGGUGAUAUGUUUGACGAAAGGAGAGCCAACAAGGUUGAUUAUAUGAUGUAUUGAUUGUUCGUCAAUUCCUUCAGUUGUGUAUACAGCAAGUUUACGAACUAGUCACUGUGCCUUCUCUGUAAUGUAGUUUUUUUGGUAGAGCAUUUAUGGGUGCAC